AUGGCUAUAGCCCCCACAACUAUUACUGCCCCUGACAUCAAUGCCCGUUCCACGGCAGUAACCCCCACAACUAUUACUGCCCCUGACACCAAUGCCCGUUCCACGGCAGUAACCCCCACAACUAUUACUGCCCCUGACAUCAAUGCCCGUUUCACGGCAGUAACCCCCACAACUAUUACUGCCCCUGACAUCAAUGCCCGUUUCACGGCAGUAACCCCCACAACUAUUACUGCCCCUGACAUCAAUGCCCGUUUCACGGCAGUAACCCCCACAACUAUUACUGCCCCUGACAUCAAUGCCCGUUCCACGGCAGUAACCCCAACAACUAUUACUGCCCCUGACACCAAUGCCCGUUCCACGGCAGUAACCCCAACAACUAUUACUGCCCCUGACAUCAAUGCCCGUUUCACGGCAGUAACCCCCACAACUAUUACUGCCCCUGACACCAAUGCCCGUUUCACGGCAGUAACCCCCACAACUAUUACUGCCCCUGACAUCAAUGCCCGUUUCACGGCAGUAACCCCCACAACUAUUACUGCCCCUGACACCAAUGCCCGUUCCACGGCAGUAACCCCCACAACUAUUACUGCCCCUGACAUCAAUGCCCGUUUCACGGCAGUAACCCCCACAACUAUUACUGCCCCUGACAUCAAUGCCCGUUUCACGGCAGUAACCCCAACAACUAUUACUGCCCCUGACAUCAAUGCCCGUUUCACGGCAGUAACCCCCACAACUAUUACUGCCCCUGACAUCAAUGCCCGUUUCACGGCAGUAACCCCCACAACUAUUACUGCCCCUGACAUCAAUGCCCGUUUCACGGCAGUAACCCCCACAACUAUUACUGCCCCUGACAUCAAUGCCCGUUCCACGGCAGUAACCCCAACAACUAUUACUGCCCCUGACACCAAUGCCCGUUCCACGGCAGUAACCCCAACAACUAUUACUGCCCCUGACAUCAAUGCCCGUUUCACGGCAGUAACCCCCACAACUAUUACUGCCCCUGACACCAAUGCCCGUUUCACGGCAGUAACCCCCACAACUAUUACUGCCCCUGACACCAAUGCCCGUUUCACGGCAGUAACCCCAGCAUAUCACAUUACUCAUAAUAUCAAUGCAUUUUCAACGGCGAUUACUUCAACGCCUGUUAUAACUUAUGAUAUCAAUGCCCGUUCCAUAACGAUAACCCCAACAAAUGAUAUAAAUGACGUUUUGAUGUGA